CUGGAGCUGCUGGCUGCAUGCAACAUGGCGGAGAGAGGCAGCGAGCAGCCGCGGUCCACACGGUCCUGUUCUCCAGCGGCACCGAAGUAGAACUGUUCUGGGUCCGGUCAGGUCUUUGGUGGACCCAUAGGACCAGUGAAGGGACGAGUUUGACACCACAAGGGAUAAAACUUUUUAAAAUGAGGCGCGAGUGAGGAAUUCGAGAUGAGUCGACAAGCAACAGACGUCCAGGAGCCGGCGCAGGAGUGUGUCCCCUCCCCGCCGCUGCCUGCGGAUCAUGUGCUCCACUCUGCUGCCGUGCUCUUCCCGGGUGCGUUUGAUCAGCAUGGCUGCCCUCUGAUCGUGUUCCCAGUAGAAGAACAAGCCAAACUCACCUCAGAGCUCAGCAAAGCAGAAGUGGUGGACUUCAUCAAGUACUUUCUGUGUCUACACAAUAAGAAGCAGGAGAAGGAGAGUUUGGUAUCAGUGGUGGCUGAUCUGCGGCACGCCUCACCCACCACGACCAGGUUCAUCGCUGAGACGCUGCUGCUGCUAGAGCUGCACAAGCGCACAGUCCACAGUGUGUACAUCAUUCAGCCCAAGAAGAAGGAUGUCGUCAAGCUGCUGCUGAAACUCCUGGCUCCGUCAAAGUCUUACACCGUCGCUUUCAAGAAAGUCCUUCUGAAAGAAAUCUCUGACCUCUCAAACUACAUCGACCGAAGCCAGCUGACGGCUUCACUGGGCGGCUACCUUAUCUACUGUCACCAGAGCUGGGUCGCCUUCAUCAAGGAGGUCGAUGAGUUUGUGCAGGAGUUCGUGUGUGUGGUGCAGCGGCUGCCCUCGUGUGUCUCCACCCUGCAGGCGCUGUCCAGGCUGCCGCUGCCCUCCACCUUCAGCGAGCUCCAACACUUCUGCUCCACCAACGAGGCCACGUUCCAGCAGCUCAGGAGGGAGCUGGGGCUGGAUGAGCUGCUGAGGCACUGUGAGACCAUCAUGCAGAAGCUGCGUUACCCCGAGAAGGAGCCAUGCUACCAGGCGAUGGCUGGCACCGCCCUCUUCACCCAAACGGCCUUCGACAUGCUGCAGAACCACAGCAGGAUCACAGCAGCUGUGGAGAAAGUGGAGCUGCUGUGGCAGCAGGCCUUUUCUAAGGCCCGUCUCCAGCUGCAGGUGUUCCAGCUGCGAGAGGACGCUCUGCAGAUCACAGAGCAGAUAAAAACUCUUCUUCAGGAAAAACUCCAGCCGUACAAAAUCGAGAUCGCCAGGGAUGCUGCAAAGGCGGCCAAACUGGUGGCUGAAUUUGAGGCGUCCAUUUACACUCCUGCUAUGGCCCUGGUUCGCUGUGCUGAAGAUGUGAUCCACACCGUGGCAGAGAUCCUGCUGCUGGACGGACAGAGCAGGGAGCACUGGGUUCUGGAUGUGGAGAGGCUGAAGGAGAAACUCAGCUCUGCCGUGCACUUCAUUCUCCAAACCCUCAGAGCAGUUUCCAACUACCAUCACUAUUACAACAAGGCGAGCAGCUGGUACCGUGAGGUCCUGGGUGCGAACGUCCUGCAGCUGCUGCUGUCGGGGGUUAAUGGAGACGGUUUUCCCACACUGAGGCAGAGGAGGACCUUGGGCUCCAUCCCCUCAUGGAGGUACAAACUGUCUACUUUCCUGAAGAAGAAUCCCCCUCCAGACAUGGAGGAGCUGGUUUAUCUGGCUCAUCUGUCGAAUACCAUCCCUGAUGAUGAAGUCCAGGAGGCGGGCAAGCGGAUGUCUCAGCGGUGUGCGACUCUGAGGAAACUGCUGAUGUCUUCAGGGCCUGUGGCUGUCAGUGACCUCCAGAUGGCCCUACAGUGGCAGUACGAGCUGUUGCGGAGCAGCCAUCUCGCUAAAUGUGAAAAUGGAAAGGAAGCAGCUCGUCUUCUCGGAGCGUCUCAUUCGGCUGCCGUUUCUAGGACGGUGGCAGCUGAGGACAAACCCCCCUCCCUCAGCUCCUUCGACUCCGGCUUUGAUGGAGCUGGGAGCAGCCAGCUGGAGGCCUGUGGAGGGAGGGAAGGACUGGAAGGUCUGCCUAGACUGGCUGGGACCAGGGAAUCUGUGAAACCUGCUAUGAUCCAGCCUCAAAUCCACACUGAGAACCUCUCCAGUGUUUCAGACUCUGAAGAUCACGGAGAGGAGUUUGACCUGGGCUCUGUGGGAAACUCCUCCAGGGCCAGCAUUCAGAUCAUCCCCAAAGUAACCACAGAUUCCCUUAAUUUCGAGAUUAAAGUGAAGCGCUCAGCUGCGCUACCCAAUAACCCCUGGCUUAGCUUGCCUGUAGACGAUCUGGAAAACUCGUACACAGUGACCAUCACGCAGAACCCAACACCUCAGAGAGACCUGCAGCUCCUGGAUCCCUCUGACCCUUGCAUUGAAGCCAACCAGUCCAGCAGGUCUCGAGAUCAGCCCACACAGACGGAGGUUCUGAGCAGCGCAAAGCCCAGAGAGCCUCAGGACAGGGACUGGACUCUACAGUUGCAAAGCAGUUUGGAGGAUCCUGAACUAAGUCCCAUUCGCAAUGUCCUCUCCAGCACCAUUACAGAAACGGGAAGAGACAAGUCCAUGUGCACCACAGAGGGAAACCCGACUCUGCUCUGGGAUUCUUACGAUCUCCAUGACCAGAAUCAGGAUGCUGUUGAUGGUGAAAUCGAUCUCUCCCUAACUGACUGGGAGGUGAAGGAGCAGGAGGAUUUGAGGAAGGUGGAAAAGAUCCUGGACAGGGCUGAUGAAAUACUCGAGAAAGAAGAAAACGUCCUGGCUCAGGAGGCGGUGCUGGAGGCUCUGCUGAGGUCCGAGGACAGACACAGUCAGUGGCCGCUGUGGGACAGUGAGGACCAGCUUGGUGUGAUGUCCUCCAGCGAGCUGGCUGAAGCCGGUGUUAUCGGCCUCGAGGAUUACCUCGAUCCCGCAGAAUCCGACAACCUCAGUGAACCCACAUCCACCAUAUCUGCCAGUGAAACUAAAGCUUCUGAAGAUGACAUCCACUGCUUUGAAUCUGCCACGGGAGCAGACGCAGUGCCAUUUUACAGGAGGCCGGACCUGCUGACGGAGCUGAGACAAGUCCAGGUCCUAGAUGAGCUUAUCAUGGAGGAGAACAUAAAGAUUCAUGAACUCAGAAAAGAAAACCCCAAGGAGGAACUCUCUGAGAGUGAUCCUCUGGAUACAAACGGGCCGUCGAGUUUUAGCAAAGAGAGGGAGACUUUUCGAUUACAGCUGGAAAAGGAGAAGAAGGAGGUGGAGAAGCUUGAGAAGAGUUUGGACACAGAACGUAAAGCAAAGAAGCAAAAAGACAGAGCUAGAAAGGUUGUAAAAUGUUCUAUAAUGGAGGGGCCACAAGAUGAUUCUCAGGCCCAUGAUACUUUGGUCCAGGAUGAUUCUCAGGCCCAUGAUAUCCAUAAAACUGAAGAUAUUCAGGUAGUCUUGGGUCCUGAUGUUGCCGAAGAGGCUGAACCACAAGACUUGCUUCAGCUUCCAGAUUCACAAUGUGAGGAUGAUUGCUCCAAAGCUGAACCAUCAGCAUUUAGUGAGACUACCUUGAAUAGUACCUCUGAUUUGAAGCAACCUCUUGAAGAGUCUGGAAUCCAACUCCAGGGAUGUAUCGAUGGGAACAACUUGAGUAGAUCUGACGAAAACGCUUCUUUAACGUCUGAAACGAGGCCUGAUGACGGAGUGUUUGACCCAGGCGGUAAAUCACGCCCUCCUCCUGUGCCGAAGCCAAGAAAGAUUUCACUUCUUGUCAACAACAAGCUCGUCGAACAAGAGCCUCCUCAUUUCACAGAGCCGCAGAAUCCGGCUUGCCCCACAAUUGCUCAAGAUCAAGACUUUGCACAACUUGAUGCGCUGCCGGAGAAUGUGGCUCCAGCCAUCAGUCCUGGCUUUGUUCUCAAUCCAAAUGUGAAGGAACGGAUUGGCAACCAGCAGAGGAAGUCCAGACUCUGGAAGAUGAGCACCCACAGCAGCCGCCGGCCCCCCAGCUGCCUCCUGAGGAGUCUCUGGAGAAGACGAGCCGAGCGAAGACGAGCCGAGCGAAGACGAGCCGAGCGAAGACGAGCCGAGCGAAGACGAGCCGAGCGAAGACGAGCCGAGCGAAGACGAGCCUGA